AUGUUUGAAUUGAGAGAUCUACUUCCAACGGAACGAGAUGUUGAGGGCUCGGCUGAUGUCUCCAGGCUGUUGGACAAACAGCCUUCCGUGGACAAAUCCAAUAUUGAAGAUCCGCUAAACACGUCCUCUAAAUCCAUCUACUCUCUGAGUUCGCACUCUUCUUUUAACCCGUCUCCACCUUCUUCGCCGGUGGUCAUCAACUUUGGAAGGAGAAGCCCAUCGCAUGUACCACUUCGGCCGAAGAGGAAGCGGCUCCUACUUCCAACGGAAGGAGAUGUUGAGGGCUUGGCUGAUGUCUUCAGGCUGUUGGACGAACAGUCUUCCUUAGACGACAUGUCCUCUAGCUCCAUCUACUCUGUGAGUUCGCUCUCUUCUUUUACCCUGUCUCCACCUUCUUCACCGGUGGUCGUCAACUGUAGAAAGAGAAGCCCAUCGCCUCUACCACUUCGGUCGAAGAGGAUGCGGCUUCUACCACCUAGAAGCAAACCAUAUCAAAAUUGUUGUCCUUACUUCGUCAGCAUGAUCGCGGUAGAAAAACUCGUGAGGGAUUUGGGAUAUUACUGA